AUGAGCUGGCUCCCCUGGUCAAGCUCGACCGAGAAAUCCUCCAAAGCCACAGACGGCGGCCGCAUCGCCCCGGACCGAUCCUCGCGCCAACGCUGCUGGGAGGGCCGCGACGCAUUUUUCGGAUGUCUGGAUAAACACUCGAUCAUCGAUUCCAUCAAGGAGGACAAGGAGGCCCGGCGGCAGUGCGGCCAGGAGAUCGCCGAGUUUGAGUCCUCGUGCGCGCGAGCUUGGGUUAAAUACUUCAAGGAGAAACGCGUCAUGGAAUAUAAUAGAGACAAGACUAUUGAGCGGAUAAAGAAGGAGGAUUCGGAAAAGGUUGCGGAGCUGAAAGCGCAGGGCUGGACGCCGAAAUAA